CGAUAACUGUUUGUUGAUGUCAGUUCGAUGUCUCUUCGCUGUCAUAUAAGAUCGUCGUGAUACAAGCGGUUUUAGAUAAGUAUAUUUAGAAUCCUUCCUGAGGAUCAACACCCGUUGCGUACCCGCCAAGAGAAGUCGCUCCUGGCUGUGCUGUCCUGCCCCGCACCAAGACAGAUCCACGACCUACCAAAAUCAGAAUCCUACGAACAAAGGGUGUAACAUGACGUAUCAGGCCGCGCAAGAGGAAUAUAUAACUCUUUGAGAGUGCCGAUUCUUGUUUUUUCAACCCUCAACGUGGACUGCUUUAAAGCGACUCUUUAUCAGAAAUUCACAUCUCGCAGUACACGCGACACUUGCAAACAUGACUUUAGCCACCACCCUUCUCUUUCCCGUCCGUGCCGCCCAGGGGGUGUUUGCGCUGAUCGUCAUGGCUAUGAUGGCAGAUGCCACCGUGAACUACUGGACCCCCCCAAACGAGGUGGGAGAGGUUCCACUCGUCCUAUUCACCUCCGUGCUGGCCCUCUUCGUCGUCGCCUACCUAGUUAUCGCCCCCAUCUUUUUCCCCAAAGCCGCCCACAAGUACGCUGUUCUCACCGUUGAGAUUCUCACCAUGCUUCUCUGGAUCGGUAGCUUUGCUUCACUCGGGAGUUUCACUAGUAAAUACUGCUACUACUCCCGCCACCAACGUCGAGAAAAGAAGUGCGACGAGUUCAUCGCGGCUGUUGUCUUUGGAGCUUUUAGCUGGGCACUUUUUGUUGGGACCACGACCAUGGCGGCGUUGCACUGCUGGCGCACUCGUGGCGGCAAUAGCGAGCCUCCGCAUGCUAUGAAGCCACAGCAAGCCUAUACUGGGGCCUAAAGCGUUGUUCAAGCGAUGUGCCUGGGGAACGGAAUAGCUGAGGAGAUUCGUCUCACUUCCUGUUUGCUUCUAUCACUCGUAGACGCCGAUAUGUCGUUAUGAUACCUGCUCUAAUGUCUUGCCGUAUUGGGAUGGAAUGGAUGGAGUUGUUACUUUUCACAAUUAAUUAAUUAAUAAUAGUAAUAAUAAUAGUAUUAGGCUCGUGGUUAUUAAUUUCAUACAAAUUUUAACCAGCACAAUCAAACACCAGCUGGGUGGAGCG